AGUGGCUGGAGAGAAGGGAGAGGAAGGAGGGGAUGUGGGAAGCCAGCUCACCGCUCCCUCCGCCCUCACUCCACCCUCCCACUGCCGUCCCUCCCUCCUUGGCUGGGCCUGGGGUCUGGGCCAGCUACAAGUUAUUAUCACAGACAUGGGCCAAGGAGCAAGAGAGAGCCGGGAGCCCCGGGGCCCGUGAGCUGCUGUUCAGGCCACAGGACACUGGAUCACCAUGGGGAUGGUCGCCCUGGGUCCCUGCUGGGCACUGCUCCUGCUCUCUCUCUUGGUGCUCGGGGUCCCCACUGAGGAGUCCACCUCUGGAGAAGCUGUGGCCUUCAACCCCUCUGGGGGUUGCCGAUGGUGCUGUGACUCUGAGGACCCCCUGGCCCCUGCUGAUGCUGCAGGUGUGCCAGCAUCCUCUCCAUCCACCCUCCCAUACAUCCUGCCUGAGGUCAGGCCCUACAUUAACAUCACCAUCCUGAAGGGUGACAAAGGGGACCGUGGCUUGGUGGGCACACCAGGGAAGCUGGGAAAGGAGGGUCCCCAGGGAGACCGAGGCCCACAGGGCACCAAGGGCGCCAAGGGGCAGGUGGGCAGCCCCGGCAGCCCGUGCCAGACACGCUACUCGGCCUUCUCGGUGGGUCGCAAGACCGCCCUCCACAGCAGUGAGGGCUACCAGCCACUGCUCUUCGACACGGUCUUUGUGAACACAGACGGGCACUUCGACCUGGCCACCGGCCACUUUGCCGCCCCCCUGCGUGGCCUCUACUUCUUCAGCCUCAACGUGCACAGCUGGAACUUCAAGGAGACCUACGUGCACGUAGUGCACAACGAGGAGGCAGCUGUCAUCCUGUACGCGCAGCCCAGCGACCGCAGCAUCAUGCAGAGCCAAAGCGUGAUGCUGGCCCUGGUGCCCGGCGACCGCGUCUGGGUGCGGCUCUUCAAGCGCGAGCGCGAGAAUGCUGUCUACAGUGACGACGUUGACACCUACAUCACCUUCAGCGGCCACCUCAUCAAGCCCGAGGACGACUGAGCACCUGCCCGGGCCACCCGUCCCUUCCCGGGACUUGCCUCCCAGCUGGGCGGCUUGGUGCUGGGUGGCCUUGGGCAGGUCCUGUCCCCCUGCAGAGCCUUGGUUUGCACCACCGAAAGGGGGGAAGGGCACGGUGGGUGGUCUUCAAGGACCCAACACUCUAAGUAGGGCCCCUCUCCUUUCCUUUCCUCCACCAUCCUUUCCAGUCUGUUGCUGCCUCUCUCCUCUCUUGGGCAUGUUUUAAGGAGACUUCUAACUGAAACAUUCUAGAACUUUCUUUUAGACCAACAUUUUUAAAACUUGAAUGUGCAUAUGAAUCACCUGGGGAUCUUGUUGCAAUGCAGAUUCUCAUUUGGAAACCCUGGAGUGGGCCCGAGAUGCUGCGUUUCUAACAGGUUCCUAAGUGAUGCUGAUGCUACUGGUCUAUCGACCACACUUGAGUAACAGGGUUCUAGAACCUCUCCAAAAUUCGAUGAUUUUCGGAACAUUCUAGAAUCCUCCAAACAUUCUAGAAUUCUUCCCACAUCCUUAGAUUCACUCAUCACUCCAGGACUCCCCCUCUUCUGCUCUCUUGCCCUGUCCCCUUUCUCUUUCACCAUCCUCUUCAUGCCUACAUUUAUAGCCACCGUGCGUUUAUUCAUUCAUCAAGCGCUCAUUGUGGACUCACUCAGCCCUGGGAAAGCAGAGGUGAGGGCGCUGCCCUCAGUGAGCACCUAGUCCAGCCAGGGGAGACCAGUGGGUACACAGAAGACUGAAACCAGAGCUAGAGACACGCACGGGGCCCUUGUCACACAGGUCUGUGUUCUGGGCAUUCAGGCACCUUGGAGGCCUCCUUACCCGGCGCUCCCCAAGGCUGGUGGGACAGGACCCCCAAGAUGGGAGGAUGUCCCUAACCCAGUCCUCCCCAUCCUGACUCAUGCCCAUAAUUAAAGCAAACCCCAGUGGGAGCCCAGAGGCUUAGGGGCAUUUUGGGGUGAAUGUGACCCCCAGGAAAAGGAGCUCAGGUCAUGGUCCCUCACAUGGCUGGCCUGGUUACCUGUGAGGACCUCUACCUUCCUCACCGGCACCCCCCUCUCUGCCCCUCCUGGGACUCUGUUACCACCUUGCUCAGCCCCUUCUGCCAAAGGCAUCUGACCUUGGUUCUUCCAAGAUGAAGGGCCACUGACAGACACAGAUGUCUGUCCCCAGGUGCUCACUGACCCUCCUCGACCCCCUCACCAGCCCUGUACCCCUGGUUCUCCAGGCUUUACCAAGAUGCUAAAGGCCCUGAUGGGCAAGUCCCGCCCAGUAGAGCCCUCCUCUGACCUGGUGGGCUGGGGGCCAACAUGGAAGGCGCCGGGCUUUGGCUCCUCAGCAGGCCUGGGGAACUGAAGGGGAGACAUUCCAGGUCAGUCAGGGGGACCUUCUCUGAGCCAUGAUGCCAAGGAAGAGGCCGAGGCAAAGUCAGGGACUUCAGACCUUCUACCCUUGCCCUCCUGAUUCUUACCCUCAACCUGCUCAGAGAACGGGGCUAGAACUUACCGUCCCGCCAGGCAGCUUCAGGGUGAUCCCAGCCCUGAGGCCGAGGUGGCAAAUAGAGCCUGGCAGGAGGGCUGGGGUGGCCUGGCGACCUUCUAGCCUCCCUGUCCCGCACCCCAGUGGCAUGACCUCUCCCCAGAGGGAGGCAGCUUCACCUAUUGGUGCUUACGCAGACUCCGGGGCAGAGGUGGCCCCGGCAGUUGUCUCUGGUGCUCACAGCCAAGGGAGCCAUGGCUGCGUGGCCGGCAGCAGGGCCUGACCAUGUGCUUCGAAGGCCAGUCCUAAAAACCCCCCCUCAGCUCUGCAGCCCCUGUCCUGCUAGUCCGGUGUGAUUAAAGGUCAAUGCGUCUCUUCUUGGCAGUUCAGGCUGGUUCUUUCUGCUCUGCUCCCCUUGGAAGGAUUUUGC